AUGACGAGCUACGUAGCGAACCUUUCCUUUGACAAUCCUAAUCGAAAAAGCGGGUUACCGGCCUCGGCUAAGGCACCAGCUCCUCUGUUUCGGAUGGAUUCGGCUCAAUCACGGCUACCUAGCUUAGGAAACCGGCUCAAUCCCAGGCUUGGCAAUAAACCCAUCUUCUUUACUCGAAAACGAGCCCUCUCCUCGGCAAAGCAAAGGAAUGCUUGUACACGGCAAAGAAAUGGCAUGAAUAGGAUGGUCUCCGAUCCGAAAUGGCUAAAGCAGUGUUUCUGUCAGCAAGCCUAUUCUUAUGAUAAGUCAGAGGAAGAGCGCUGA